AUGGCUUGCUGUGGAAAGACGUGCUCCAAGGUGUCCGUGUGCAUCGGCUUCUUGCUGGCGAUUGGAGGCUUUGCCUUGGCUUUCGCAGGGGGUUGGUCCCUGGCCCACAUCAGAAUCAAUGUGAGUGCUGGCAUUGACAGGGCCACGGCCGGGACCCUCACAGCGCCCAGCGAUCUGGCCUGUCCCUAUGCGAUCUUCAUUGAGAAGAUUGCGUCCUGUCCUGACUUCAUGACGUCUGCUGCGGUUUCCACAGGAGCAUCCUUGGACACCAGCCUUUGCGGUGGCGAAGAGCUGCCGGAUGAUGGCCCCGAGCGUGCGCCGGCCAGGCGUGGCUUCCGGGACCUGGACUGGACGAUUGGGGCAACCGAGAUUACCAUCACAGACUUGAAGCUUGCAGCCACGGUUACCUUCAGUGAAGACACCGACGUAACCCUGACAAGCAGCGAGGACAUGUGGUCGAUCCAGCUCUGCGACGUCUUCGCAGAGGUCUUCGAAGUCGCUGGACGGGCCAUCGUCAUGGUUGCUGUGGGUGUGGUCCUGCUGGUCGCGGGCCUGAUCACCUGCACUAUCGGCCUUUGCUGCUGUUGCUGCGCCCCCAAGGCGUGA